AUGUUAGUUGGGAUAUCUGGGACAUUGAGCUCCGGUAAAACUGAAGUAGCUAGGUAUUUAACAUUUCAAGGGUUUAAAUUAUUAAAGUAUGAACAUAAUGAAGAACAAAAUCAUACAAAUGGUCAUAUAAUGGUGGAUACGCCUGAGUCAGAAGAAUUAAAUCAAGAAAUGGAACAACUAGUUAUAAAAUAUUAUUCAAGAAUGGAAAAUUAUAAAACUUUCACAACAUUAGAUUCUUUAUUAGAAUUUGUUACUUUAAAUUGGAGAGAAAAUUAUGUAAUUACUCAUAUAGAAGAUUUAACAAUGUUAAAAGCUUUACAAAAAAGACCAUUUUUUUUACAUAUUUCAACCGAUGCUCCAACACACUUAAGAUUUAAGAGAUCCAAAAAACAAGAUAUUGAAGACUUUAUACGACAUAAUGAUGAACUUUUAUUUAAUAGUGAUUCUCCAUUAUUGGAAAUCAAUAAUCAAGCACAAAUUAAAAUUAUAAAUACUUCAACUUCAAUAAAAGAUUUAUUUAUAAAAUUAUCAGAAUUAAAUUUAUUAGAUCCUUCAAGAUUGAGACCAUCUUGGGAUUCUUAUUUUAUGAGAUUAGCGGAUUUAGCAGCCUUAAGAUCCAAUUGUAUGAAAAGAAGAGUAGGAUGUGUAAUAGUUAGAGAAAAUAGAGUUGUUGCAACUGGUUAUAAUGGUACUCCGAGACAUUUAACAAAUUGUAAUCAAGGUGGAUGUAAAAGAUGUAACAAGGGACAUGGAUCAGGAGCAUCAUUAUCAACUUGUUUAUGUUUACAUGCUGAAGAAAAUGCAUUAUUAGAAGCAGGUAGAGAUAGAAUACGAGAUGAAAGUGUAUUAUAUUGUAAUACUUGUCCUUGUUUAACAUGUUCAAUAAAGAUUGUUCAAAGUGGGAUAAAAGAAGUUGUUUAUGCCCAAAGUUAUUCAAUGGAUGCAGAAAGUCAUAAAGUUAUGAGUGAAGCAAAUAUUAUAAUUAGACAAUUUCAACCACCUAUAGAUGGUAUAUUUAUUUAA